AUGUUGAUUCCUGCCUUUGUUGUAUGGGAUGCGGGAUAUCCCUUCUAUACCUAUGGAUCCAUCUUCAUUAUUGCAUUAAUUAUUUGGCAAGUGAAAAAGGGGCGCCAAAAAUUAAAGUCAGAACCUAAUGAAACCUGUUGCCAGCAUCACGGAGCAGUCAAACAAAAGUCUAAAGAUAGAACAUCAAAAGCUAAGAAAACUUCCCAGGAAGAAGCUGAGAAGCUGAGGAAGCUGCUCUCUGUCAUGAAAAGCCACGGCUGGCUUCCCCAGGUGGAAAGUAUACGGCGGCUCCUGUGUGCAGAUCCUGGCUGCCAAAUCUGUAAUUCUCUAGCUCUGGACAUUCAGCAAUUGCUGGAGUCUCCAGAAAUUGACUUGGGAAAUACGAUGAAGCUCUAUUCGCACUGGAUUAACCCUGAAGUGAAAGCUCACAGGCAUGAGGAACCCAUUUCCCCAUCUAAGGCUGAGAAAGUGACCCGAUCCAGGACAAAAGAGGUUAAGAAGGGUCCAACCCACACCAAAGACCGCGUGGGAGGAGCUAGGUUGGAGAAGAAAACAGAGAACCCCAUGGCCCUGCCUCCCCCUACUGAGAAGGAGCACUUGUCUUUCCUUGAUGUCCUCAGUGCCUUCACCAACAGUUCCAGCAAAACGCCCUUCAGUCCAGCCAACCUUAAGGACUGUGCCACUCAUAAAACUGCUCCAAAUUCUGUUGUCAACUGACUUGGGUCACCCAACCAGAAAAUCUAUCCCAAGUCGCAACUCUCAGCUCAGCAGAAGGCACCAGUUUACCCAGGAAAAUAACCAUUCCAACAAAAAGGAGGUUUUUUUUCUACAUCCCCCUGAAGAAGACUGUCAAUCACCCUUUAUAUUAACAUGCAGGUGAGGCAUAGCAUUCUCCAAAUAUACUCUAUACCUGUAAGCAAAGAGCCACUUGUUUGUGUCUCUUUAUUUUCAAUGUGGUAUGUGAUGGAGAGAGUAGAGGAAAUAAAAAUACUCCCCAUGUGGUACAGGAGCUUAAAUCCAUUUCAGAUGGGUCAGCAUUUCAUGUGAUUCCUUUCAACCCCUGGACUGUGGAUAAAGGUACUUAA